CGGGGUGCCGUGGCCGGCGCGGCCAUGGCGGGCGAUGGGAAUGCGUUUCACGCUCUGCUCCGCGCCGCUAACGCGCUCCUGCGGCAGCGCCGCUACCACGCCGCGCUCGCUGUCAUCAAGGGCUUCCGUAACGGCGCCGUUUAUGGAGCCAAAAUCCGUGCCCCGCAUGCCCUGGUGAUGACUUUCCUGUUCAAGAGUGGAAGUUUAAGGGAGAAGCUGAAAUCCAUUGCCCAGGCCACGUACGCUCAUUCCCGGAACCUGGCCUAUUUUGUGUUCACCUACAAGGGGCUCCUGGCAGCGCAGUCCCGGCUGCAGGGGAAAAAAAUCCCAUUUCAUUCUUUCCUUGCAGCCUGCAUUGGGGGCUGGCUGGUGUUUGGUGACAACAAUCCCAUCAACAGCCAGAUCAUCAUGUACCUGCUGUCCCGGAUCCUGUUCGGAUUGUCUCGGCUGGCCGUGGAGAAGGGCUACAUCCCACAGCCCAAGCAGGAUCCCUUCCCUCUCGUGGCUGCCCUGGUGUGGGGGACAGUGCUGUGGCUCUUUGAAUACCACAGGGAGACUCUGCAGCCCUCCCUGCAGUCCUCCAUGACCUACCUGUACGAGGACAGCGAGGUGUGGCACGACCUGUCUGACUUCCUCGUUUACAACAAAAGGACAGACAGCAAGUAGGUGCUUCACUCUAAAACACCUCAGAAUGGGAUGGGACCGCCCAGCAGCUGAGGGAAAAGGUUAUUCUGUUGCUCUUGACCUGUGAUUUUUUUAAAAUGACCGUCUGUCAAGCAGAGUUGGUUCCUGUCUCCAGGCCAGAAUGUUCUGAUCAGUCUUUUGGCUCCUUUUAGAGCAAGCACACGCCCCACAGAAACUUGUUGCAAUCUUUUUUAAGAGGCCUUAUUUUCCCUGCAAGUGUGGCGUUGGGGUUUGUUCUUUAAAAACAAAAUGUAUUUGUAAAAUGACAGCCUGACACUCGGUGGAGAGUAUGGAAACGUGUUCUAGGGCUCAUGUGAGUGUUUACAAGUGGUUUUUCCUGUGCUGCUGUGCUCACCGUGGUGUGAUCAAGGGUGAAGGGAGUGAGGGACCUGCUGAGCUCUGGGAGCAGGGCCAUCACUGCUUCAUUGCUGUGGAUGGCUGGAAACCCUGUUUAAGCUAUUACAAGGACAGCUGUGUUCUCCUUGAGAGAGUUCCUCUGCAGUUUUCCCUCAGGGAGACAAUAAAAUGUGUGAGAGUAGAACUGUUAGGAUUGUCUUGUACAAGCCUAGUAAAUGAGGCUUGGAAAGAUUAUUUUUUGCUUGGUUUCUUUCCUGCACUUGGGCUGAAACUGUGCCUCUGCAAAAUGCACUAAUGAAUACCCUGUAAUUAUUUUAAACUUGUUUGUAAAGCUUUUAAAAGCUGCUUGAACUAAAUACCAAAAACAGUUACACAACUUGGGCUCCUCUAAACCAGGCCUCAGAUGUCACGCUGGGGCCUUUGUGUGUCCAAGGGUGUCCAACAUUUACCAAGCACUUUUAUUUUGGUGGAGCAUGGCAAAGGUUUCUCUGAGGUCCGGAAUCUGCCCUCCACAGCAGUGCCACGUGUUGGCUGUCAUCAGAUCUGAAUCUGAUUUUGUACCUGUAGCUUGUGCAGGCUCAUUGCUGAGCCAGGCUGAGGCAAUGAAUUAAUUUAUUAAUUAUCUCCCUCUCAAAAACACUGCUGAGCCCCAGGAUAGGGCAGCACGCCCUGGGCUGUGGCAGAAGAUUGACUAGGUAGCUGAGAAAGCACAAAAACUGCUUUAAUUAAUCAAUUAAUAAAGUCAAACUCCUAACAGUGCAAGGCACUCACCUGCACAGUUCACUCAAUGAUGUGCACUGAAAUAAUCCCUGCCACGCUGUUUGAUGUGGUGAUGUUCCCAAGAGAAUCACUGAGUUCCCUUUUGGCUCAGUUGGGACUAUUUGGUUCACUUCCCCUGCAUCCACCUGCUUUUCCCUGACCUGCCCAUGCCAUUUCAUAAUCCUGCUGAUACUCUCUUCAGCAUCUGUUGAACUCUUCACCCUCCAGGCUCUGGCAGUUUCUGCUAUUCAAUGGUACAGCUGAAACAGUGCAUUUAACUUCAGGGAGCUUCUGAGUAGAAAAAAAUUCUCAAUUUCUUUUCAAGUAAUUUUUCCUUGUCCUCCUAAAUGCCUUAAUUGCUGUUGCUCAUGUUCAGAGUGCUGCUUUGCUCUUUAUUUUGGCACUUUCCUUUGUCCAUGCAAAUCCAUGAUUUACAUGGUGCCCAAAAACCAAGAUACUUCUUUGUCAUAAUAACUCUCUACUGUCCCUUUAACUUCUAAUUUCAUUGCUAACUUCUAAUUAACUGCUGUUACAGUCUGGAGUGAAUAAUUGAAUUGGAACAUCCAUCAGACCCCACGAAAGCUGUAAAAUUAGGAAUUUGGUUUGUUUUUUUUGGUUAAAUAUUUUUCUCUGUAUAGAGAAGCAUAAAGAUUCAAUACAGAAAAACUACUGAAGCUACAGGUGAGGUCUGAUUCCUUUAUAAACAUCUUUAUUUCCACCACUGCUGGAUAUUGGAAGCAUCACAGUUUUUCUGUCAGAAUCCUCAAUAUUGUUCCAAAUAAGAGCAUUGGUAUUCUGCUAAAAUUGCUGAAUUCCUGCAGGCUUCGAUGGGAUUUCAGAAAGCUGACAGCUGUGCCUUGGGAACUGCUCCCUAAAACUACUAACCUCACAAAUGCUUGACCAUGUGUAAUUAUUGCAGCAAAAGAAGCUGUGAGCUGGGUGUCUCUGAGGAGGUUUUGAUCUGUUCAAUUUGUAGCUGGCAUUUCUCUCUCUGAGAAAGGCUUGUGGUUCCCUCAGAGGUGGAAUGAUUUUCCUCUGCUGUGGCUGCUGGUGAGGCACUCCAGUGUCCGUGAGAAGGACAAGUGCCUCUCCUGACCUUCUCACACUGCGCUCUGUCCUCUCUAGAAAAUAAAUCCCAGCCAAACCCCAGUGUCUGGAAUCAGCCUGGCAGCAGCGCCCAUGACUUCUCCUUAGUUUCAAACGCCCUUUUCCUCUUGGGAACCUCUCAGUUUCUAUGGAAGCCGUGCCUGAGCCUCCAGGCAUCUGCAGUGGAGCUCCUGGGGGCAGCUGCCAUGCCUGGCAGCCCAGCUCCUGGCGGGAGCGCAGCCCCUGGGGCUCUGCUGACGGUUGGUUUUCCCGCUGUGCCGGGGCAGCACGUUAAGCUGCAAGUCACUGCUUUCCCCAGGGAAGUAAUUGGGGCAGCUCCUUCAUGACAUCAGCCCCCAUGGCUGGUCCUGGGACCAGAUAGCUGGGGAUGAGCCCCUUCUGCUGCCAAGGUGUUGGAACAAUGCAGGCGUGUAGUAGGGAAGUGAACUAGAAGUAAUUCGUCUGAGUCAGACUUUUGGGAUAUGGAAGGGACACUCCCUGCCCUCCCCCAGGGCAUUGUGUGGGGAAUGGAGUGCCCUGUUUGGGUUCCCUUUUUAUUAGCAUUUAAAGCAACAGAAAUAAAGAGACAGUUGGGGAGCCACCUGCCCAUGGCCAAGUGCUUAAGGAUCACAAAGAAGGGGCAUUUUCUCUCCCCAGCCCUGACUGGUUUUGAAUUUUAAGAUGAGCACAGGGUUGUUUGUCUAGAGCAACUUUAUUUUCCCUUGUUAUUUUGUCCUUGACACCUGAGUGAUGCUGAGUGUCUGAGAGGGGCAGAGUGUCUCAAUCUUGGCUCAGUUGGUCUAAAGCGAGGAUCACUGGAUAAAAUGGAAGUGUUGAAAAUGAUGUUUCUCCCUCAGAUUUUAAGCCUCUCUUAGAGGUGGCUUUAAAGGUUAAUGAAUCGAACUGAUCAAAAGUUUUCAGCAAUCCUGAGCUUUUCAAGCAGACUGACUAUCCUGGGCUAUUAAUCAUUUAUUUUAUGAAGGAACAAAGCAGGCUCAGGGUUAUUUACUGCCGCUGCCUGCUGCCCUGGCAUACCCACUGUGCUUCCCUUCCCUUUGGAGGACAGCUUGUGUGCUGGGGCUGGCUCUGGGGAUGGCUGGAGAACCCUUUCCGGGACAAUUGCAUUAUUUAACAAAGGUGAAAAUUAGACAGCUGCCUGACAUUUGGGUUAGGGAAGGAUUUCUGGGCUGUGUUUGAUGCUGGCAGUGUAGGAGAGGAUAUUUCUGAAAGCAAAACCCGUGUUUGGCCAUUCAGUGCUGCAGGGAAGGGCUCGAGGAGGCUGGGGCUGCUGGAAGGUGUGAGCCUGUGUCUGAGUGGGACAGUGGGAUUUGUCCUGGCCACCAUCCCUGUGUCUGUGCAAUAACCAGAGAACUGGCCCUGUUCAGGGCAUUUAUCAUAGAAUUGUGGGAUGGAUCAGGUUGGAUGGGACCUUAAAAACCAUCCCACCCCCUGCCAAGGGCAGGGACACCUUCCACUAUUCCAGGAGGCUCCAAGCCCUGUCCAGCCUGGCCUUGGACACUUCCAGGGAUGGUGCAGCCACAGCUUCUCUGGGCACCCUGUGCUAGGAUGGAGAGGGUGCAGAGGAGCUUUGAUAUUGGUGCUGUGAGACUUUCCUGUCCUGCUAGAGUAGGUCAAGCUCUGCUUUACACCGAGCUGGGUGUGGGUGGAAGGGCAGAGAGGAUCCCUGGCUGCUGAAAGAGACCCAGAGCAGGGCCUCCCUGUGCAGAGUGAGCUCUGCAGCCAGCUGGGAGCUGCCAUGGAGCAAGCAGAACCCUGAGCAGAUCCCUCAGCCAGGAGGAACUGCUGGGACUCCAGCUCGUUUUCCCUGCGUCAGCACAAAGGUGACCUUUGGAUAAUACCCCGAGCUGUGAGCUGCUCCCUGUGUCAGGUUGUGUUUGUGUCCCUGGCUCGUGCCAGCCUGAAGCAGAAUGUGUUUUCUGAUGCUGCCUUUGAAACCCAACAGAUAAGGCAGGAGGGAAAAUAAGGCGUCAUGUCUGUCUGCCACUGUUAAUAUUUUUGGGGUGUUAACCUUGAGUUUGCAACCGGUGUGUUCCUACCAGAUUGGUGGAGGGAGGUAACUUUUUUCAUGUCUCUGGUGAUGAGGAGGGAGAAAAACAAACUAAAAGCUCUAUAAUACAGGUAUUAUUACCUCUGCUUUUGAUAUCUAUUUUGUAUUCAUAAUUACUGUGUAAUCCAGGCCCUGAUUUUCUAGCAGCAUAGAAUAAAGUAAAGAACAUAAACUCAGGUAACUUAUGUGACACUGAUCAGAAUGCUUGUGGAAAUAUCUUGGGCUUUGGGGUUUAAAACCAGAAAAAGGGGGCAGUGGGUUGUUGAUGUGGCUCUGUCCACAAUGAAUUGCCUUCUCGCAGUUGUUAUUUCUGUAUAAUCACUCUUUGGAUAUUACAAUACUGUGCUUUCUCUAAAAAUAAAAAUCCUAAUUUUU